CAGCUCUCUCAAUCCCCUCCUUCCACUUUUUGGCUCUUGCUCUUCUCUCUCUCUCUCUCUCUUCAUCUGCACCUGCGAUCCGUUCCCUCGAUCGAAUCGGGCUAGGGCUCGCCGUCGGUCGUCGUCGUCUUCCCGGAAAUGAGGUGAUUCUCGUGCUUGCAGCGCGAUUCGCUGGUGGCGCGGCCGAGACCGUGGGAGCGGCCGGGGCGAGCAUGGCGACGGUGGCUGGGCCGGGCUCGUUUCCUCCGGAUAAGUUCCAUCCCGGAGGCGGCGGCGGCGGAGGAGGAGCUUCGAAGAUGGGCGCGAAGCUGAGAAGGAAGACUCCGUCGGAGCUGAGAGGAGAGCAACUGAAACGCGUCAAUGUUGUUGAGCUUGUAGAUGAAUCUGCAGCCCCUUUACUCGAUUCUCUGAAUAACAAUGCCGGCACAAAUGAUGGUCUUAAGAAACCAGAAGUGUUUAAACUACCAAGAUACAUUGAUACGCGAGUUAAUGAAGUAUAUCCUGCCAAAAAGUCAAGGUUUAAAAUGUCAUCGCUGAAGGAGAAUGUGAAGGAAACCAGUACAGUGGAGCAGAGUCAUGCAAUGAAGAAUCUUGCUGUGCUUUCGAACAUGGCUACAAGAAGCAAACAACAUCUUCAAUGUUCCGAGGAUUCUAUUUUCUCUUCUAAAGUUGCUGAAAAUCAUGGAGUACAAACUCAGUCAACACUUGAGAGGUGUAACCAGAGUAGAUUCCGUACAGUUGCCGAGAUAUCGUCUAGUUCCGAAAAACUAUCUGGCUUGGCUAAUAUCGAUAUGGAUAAAGCUCUAAAAGGAUUGGCUGCUCGAGAACCAGCUUCUCAUUUAUUUGAUGAUUGUUCUGAAAAUUUUACUUCUACCUCGACUUACUCGGGCUGCUCUCAGUACAACAUAGUUGGCCAAAAGGCUCCUCUAGAUUUCACUUUGAAGACAGUCAUGCGGAUUGCAGCAUCUUCUUCAGUAAAUUGGAUUUACAGGUUAAUUACAAAUGGUAGUUACAAUAGUGUUCCCAAUCAUACAUCUCUUUGUGCUUGCUCUGAGGGUCAAAGAACUAGCCAUUGUUCAAGAACCCACAUCGCCUCCAUGGGCUUUUGCUCUACGGCUUUGAAUUCAUGGAUAUAUCCUCAGUCCACUCUUCCACUUUCUCUUAUGUCAGUGCUGACCUCACCAGCUGCAGAGAAAGUGGAGAUGGACUUCUUAAAGAAGCGACAAUUGUCAUGGGAAGAGUCAUUUCGUAGUCUUUACUACUUAUUCCGGAAGAACAUAUGUAGCGUAUUUUACGUGUGCACUUCUCAAUUUGUGGUAAUGUUUACUGCUGAUGGUGACUCUGGAAGAAGCAAAAGGACUUGCAGUGCUUAUGUGUCCCGGUCGACAAGAGGUCUGCGGUCAUUGUUUAGAGAGCAUGAUAUAUGUUUUUCUAUGCCUCUAUGCCAUUCGAAGGUGGAACAACUUGCUACAGAAGAUCUGGUUGAGCUUUCAGAGAUAGAGAAGCAUAAUUUAGGCCAGACUCGACGGCCCAGUUCAUUGUCCGACGUUGAUAAUACUCCACAAUCUUUGCUAGCUUUCAGUGGAAAUAAAGAUGUUCAUGGUCUCUAUGACCUUUUGUUAAAUUAUAGAUCUUUCUUGACAUUUCUGACUGGGGUGGAUAUUCCGGUACUAUAUUCGCCUAUUCCAUUCCAAAAUGCUGCUGUGUCUGUUCCUGAGGUUAGAUGCAUGGAAAUGAGACCAGCAAAUCAUAUUGCUGAUUCAAUAAAAGAAGACAGUAGCUCAGGUGGUGACUCUACAGCUGGCCUUCGCUAUACUCUUGAAAUUACAGAUGCAUAUAUACCGCCAUGGAUUAUCUGCAAUAUAUGUGCACUUCUUGGGUCUCAAGGCAGAUUUGAGGCAAGCUUUGUGACAGAGAGUGCCUCAAUUGGCUUGAAUGCUGUUCUUGAAACAAUUUUUGGCAAGUCUGAUUCUGAAGCCCUGGCAAGUGAAGUCUUGGAGAAGACUGAUAUUUUUGGUAUGUCUGAAGCAACCGUUACUCCUCACUUGCGUUUAGGUCUACUGAAAAGUUUGAAGUACUGCAACGGUUCUUACACAGCUUCAGUAUCUCCUGCCUGACAGUUACGGGGGAUCUUAUUUUCUCAAUGCUGGAUAUUGUUUUUUCUCCAGCUCUAAUCCUUCAAUUUUGCGGUUUUACGUCAAGCAUGGUGCAGCAGUGAUGUACAUCAUUGUAUGAGUUAAGCUCUGACCUAGUAAAAGAAUCAAAUGCCAUGAAACAAUCAAGUUGUCACCUUUAGUCUCUAUUUCAUGUAAUGAAUUCUUAGCUUUUUUUUUGGGUCGGAAUAAUGAAGUCUUAAUCAAAGCAUAAAUUUU